GUUCUAUGGCUCCACAAGAGCCGAGACGGUGCUUGGUAGGGCCAUUGCCACCCUACCGUGCCCGCGGGAGGACGUGGUGGUUGCUACUAAAGUGGGGCGGUACGGGCAGGGCGAAUUCGACUUCAGUGCGGAGCGGAUCAGGAGGAGUGUGGAGGAGAGCUGUGCGCGGCUGCAGACACCGUAUCUGGAUAUCGUGCAGUGCCACGAUAUUGAGUUCGGGUCCUUGGAUCAGAUCGUGAAUGAGACAAUCCCUGCCCUCCAGGAGCUGAAAGCGGCCGGCAAGAUCCGAUUCAUCGGCAUCACAGGCCUCCCUCUCUCCGUCUACCAAUCCGUUCUCCCCCGCCUGCCUCCCGGCGCUCUCGAUCUCAUCCUCUCCUACUGCCACUACUCUCUCAACGACACGACUCUCCAGCCGCUGCUGCCGUGGCUGCAGCAGCAGGGCGUGGGGGUAAUCAGCGCGUCUCCCUUUUCAAUGGGCCUCCUCACUCCCCAGGGACCCCCUUCCUGGCACCCUGCGCCCCAGGAACUGAAGGAUGCGUGCAAGGCAGCAGCGCUUGCCUGUCAGCAGCGGGGAGCGUCUUUGCCCCGGCUGGCGCUCCAGUUUGCAACGCUCAACCCAGCCAUCACGACCACGCUUGUGGGCAUGUGCACGGUGCAGCAGGUGAGGGCCCAUUGUGUGAGCAGAGUGGCAACUGCGUGUGUGCAUAGAAGCAGGUGCGAGAGUGUGGCAGAGGUGCGGGAGAAUGCGGCAGCGGUGAUCGAGGCAACAGAGCGAGGCAUAGACGAGACGAUGUUGAAAGAGGUGGAAGGAGCUCAGCAUGUGUAG